GAUUGAACAAGGUUAGUUGGCUUGCUGCUGGACCCGGUGUUAUGUACUGUCGAUGGAGUCGGCAAACAAAACAUCCCAAGAUUUCAUCCAAUCACAACGGAAGAUUUGUUUCUCUAAAGGGACGAGUGGUGCUACUGAGAGAAAGACGUAAACCCCAAAGCUCACCUCUUCCAAAUUCCAGUGCUUGCUUCCUUCGUCUCUAUUUUCAAUCCAGUCCCCCAAUUUUUUUUUAUUAAUCCAAGAAGGAUGGGCUCAUUAGCCGCAUCUCCAUCGUCUCUCUUCAUAUCACCUGAAACCCCCUCCUUUCUUCCCCGCCUUAGCACCACCCUUCCUUUGUUCAAAUCGCCAACUACAUUUCUCUGUUAUCCCAGAUCCUUCAAAUCCCGGAUUCUGCGUCUCUCUGCUUCUCUUCUUCACUCAAAUGUCAACCUUUCCUGGUUCCCUCCCGAUGCCAAUUCUCAACCGGACAACUAUGGUGGUUGGGCCGUUGUUCAAGCUCCUCCAACUCCAAACACAAGCAAAAAAGGAUUUUCUUGCAUUAUUCUUAAGGGUUUUAUUGCUUCUUCAGUUGCUGUUGCCAUUGUCGCCGUUGCAUACUUUCCACUCUACAGAAAGGGGUUUAAGUUUCAGUUUAGCAGUCCAUUAAAUACUUUACACAGGGUCUUUAGCUGGACCGAGACGAAAAGUGGUCAAACCAAAGCUACGGACUAUCUUGAAUCUGAUGAAAAGCCUGCUGAGGCAAUACCCGACUGUGUGCCUCCUGCAAUUACCGAAGCUGUUCCUUCAGCAUCUACGUAUAAGCGUGAACACAUUGUGGUACCAGUUGCUGUGGAUUCUACUCAACAGGAAGCUUUAUUGGUUCUAAAGAAGCUGAAGAUCAUUGAAGAUGAUGUAAGAGCUGAUGAAUUAUGCACAAGAAGGGAAUAUGCAAGAUGGCUUGUUCGUAUGAGUUCUUUAUUUGAAAGGAAUCCUAAGCACAGGAUUGUUCCAUCAAUUGCACUUUCUGGGUCAGAAACUACAGCAUACGAUGAUGUUGGAGCUGAUGACCCAGAUUUUGAAUCCAUUCAAGCUUUGGCUGAGGCUGGCAUCAUUCCAAGCAAGCUUUCAGGGAGGAUUACCGGUUCCAAUGAUUCAAAAGGCCAAGAACCAAUCAACUUUUCUCCUGACCGAUUCAUUUCUCGACAGGAUCUUAUAAACUGGAAAGCCCUGGUAGAGUAUGACUUUGAGCCAGGAGUAAUAGAGCAGAUAUCAAGGACAAGGAUAGAUUAUAUGGAUUUGAAGGAGAUCAGUCCAGAUACAUUGCCAGGACUUUUUAUAGACAUGUUGGCCAGGGAAAAGAGCAUACUCAGAAAAGUUUUUGGACAAAGCAAGCGAUUUCAAUCAAAUAAACCUACAUCAAAAGCACAAGCAGCAGUGGCUUUGACAAGUGGCAGAAUGGCAGAAGCAAUUUCUAAUGAGUUGUUGAAGCUAGAAAUGGAGAGUUCUUCAAGGAGAGCUGAGAUGAAAGAAAUCAAGUCUGAGUUACUUGAAAAGGGAGAUAUACAGAGGUUAUGGGAUGAAAAGCUGGAUGAAGAAAGAACCCGAAGUUUUGAGGUGGAGAAGUUUUAUUUUUCUGCAGCUCAGGACCUGGAAUGCGAGAAAAUUAUUCAGGAGAAGUGGACUGCUGAGUUUUUGAAGAAAAAGGCAGCAGUGGAUUGCCAGAGGCAACUGCUUUCUAGUCUUAAAGAAGAGGUUGCUGAGAUGUCAGAAAGGCUUGCAUCUGAGAGGACCAUGUAUGUUACUGAGCAGAGUAAGUUGCAAGAUAUGGUCAGUGGUUUACAGUUCAAGCGAGAAGGAAUACUUGAUGCAAAAUCCAUAUUGGAAGCUGAGAUUGAAGCUCUUCGGAUUCUCAGAUCUUGGGUAGAGGAUGAAGCAAGAAAAAGCCAAGCCCGAGCUAAAGUUCUUGAGGAGGUGGGGCGAAGAUGGAAAUGGGAUAACCGAGCUUGAUUCUGAGUCAGUUGAAAGUAGAGUCAGCACUGACAGCUUAAAAAUGAUAACAUUGGAAGAAUAAAUAAGAAAUUCCAUGGACAUGAGGGCAAUAUGAGAAAUCUUUAUUAUUUUGUUGAGUAUGCACAGGACGAGGGAAUGUGGUCAGAGUGUUGACAUUUGGAUUGUAUCUACGCUUUUUUGCACGUUCCUCCCUAUAUAUAUUAUAUCUUUUGAUUGGUGCUUUUA